GGGAGGAGGAGGAGGAGAGGAAAAAGAAGGAGAGAGUGGACACUUGGUUUUUCUCCUCCUGGUCAGAACCUGUUUGUUUCUCCUUCACGUUCAACAUCAGAGUCUCAGGCAUUUUUUUAGUGGACUUUAAGAAGAAAAUUACGACUUUAAGAAGGAACUUACAACUUUAAGAAGGAACUUACGACUUUAAGAAGAAACUUACGACUUUAAGAAGGAACUUACGACUUUAAGAAGAAACUUACGACUUUAAGAAGAAACUUACAACUUAAAGAAGACAAUAACAACGACUUUAAGAAGAAACUUACCACUUUAAGCAGAAACUUACCACUUUAAGAAGACACUAACAAUGACUUUAAGAAACUUACGACUUUAAGAAGAAACUUGCGACUUUAAGAAGACACUAACAACGACUUUAAGAAAAAACUUACGACUUUAAGAAGAAAAUUAUGACUUUAAGAAGAAACUUACGACUUUAAGAAGAAAAUUACGACUUUAAGAAGGAACUUACGACUUUAAGAAGAAAAUUACAACAAUUUUAAGAAGAAACGCACGACUUUAAGAAGGAACUUACGACUUUAAGAAGACACUUACGAAUUUAAGAAAAAAAUUACAACAAUUUUAAGAAACUUACGACUUUUAGAGGAAAUGUAUGACUUUAAGAAGAAAAUUACGACUUUAAGUUACUUAUUUUUCCAGACGUUGGUUCUUCAGUGAGGACGUAGAGACCGACGUUGGCUCUUCAGUGAGGACAUAGAGACAGACGUUGGUUCUUCUUCAGUGAGGACAUAGAGACAGAUGUUGGUUCUUCAGUGAGGACAUAGAGACAGAUGUUGGUUCUUCAGUGAGGACAUAGAGACAGAUGUUGGUUCUUCAGUGAGGACAUAGAGACAGACAUUGGUUCUUCAGUGAGGACGUAGAGACAGACAUUGGUUCUUCUUCAGUGAGGACAUAGAGACAGACGUUGGUUCUUCUUCAGUGAGGACAUAGAGACAGACGUUGGUUCUUCAGUGAGGACAUAGAGACAGACGUUGGUCUUCUGUGUGGACGAUGAGUCAUGAAGGAUGAAUCUGGGAGCUGACCUGGGAUCAGUGGGAUGUUCAGUAGACGCUUCAGUCAAUGUGUGACGGAACGUUCCUCUCAUCCGUCCUCACUCCUGGCACCUGGCAAAGCUGUCCGACCUUCCUCUUCCUCCCCCUCCUCCCCCGUCUCCUCCUCCCUGCCUCCCCUCCGCCGACUCCCCUCCUCUUCCUCCUCCACCUCCUCCUCCUCUUCCUCCUCAGCCUGCCAUGCAGCUCCACCCCGCUCCUUACACGUUACCCUGGCACACGAACGACAACAGUGACUUGUCCAUGCAGUGGCCUCAGUUGUCCAGACCUUACUCCUCCACUGACCGCAGCAGCUCACUGGGCUCCAUGGAGAGCUUGGACACGCCCACACCCACCGCUCAGCCAUACUCCGACUCCCACAAUUCACCUGUGGACCCCGCCCUCUUCAACAACAAGAGAGACUCCGCCUACAGCUCCUUCUCCGCCAGCUCGAACACAUCGGAUUACGCCGCAGUGCCUCUCAGACCAGAGGAAGCCUGCUCCAUGGAGAACCUGCUCCAGAGUCUGGGACCAGCUGGUCCUCUCUUCCCCGGUGCUGAUUCCUCCUCCACUGCCAGGACGUCCUGCGGUGAAGCUCCAGAAGAAGCACAGCUGAAUGCCCACAAGUCCAGGUCUCUGACCAGGCCGAGGCCGAGGCCCGUGGAGGUCAAAGAGCGUCCGUCAUCCUGCUGUUACGAGUCAGAGCGAAGAGGAGGAAACUCGGAGACCAUCAGAGGUGAAGAAGGAGGACCAGAGGACAGAAAAAUGAAUCCACCUCAACCUCCAACCAGGAAGGAGAGUUUCAGAGCAACGCAGUGUCGUGACCACACGGCUAGCAAACGCUGCACUCCAACUGAAAUCUCCACUGAUUCUUCUUACUGUGAUGAAAACCAGUCCGGAGAAUUGGGAACUCAAAACGGCGACAGCGCGGGGAAGUUCAGAGAAGACGCGUUAGAUUCUCACUUUAUGCAAAGACAGACUGAAGAAACGAGACGGAUCAGAUGUGAAACUAGUUCUGAGAAAGACUACACUUCAGAUGUAAACUCAGAUCCUCUUCCUGAUCCGGUCCCCGUCACCUCCUCCAAUCCCGAGUCCUCACCGGCAGUAUCUUCUGCCUCCUCCUCGGCUCUGCACCGACACAGCGCUCCUGAGAAACUCCUCGCUACACAACUUCAGUUAUUACAGUUUGACAACGCAAACACCUCUGAUGCCUCCAGCAGUCAGUCCUUCCAUCCCUCACACCAGACUGCAGGAGAAGAACCCAAUGUCUCUCAGAACCAACUCCAUCCCCCAUCAAAUAAAUGGGACAGCAGCCGCUGCUCCACUCCAGGAUCCGUCUUCUUGGAAGGAGAUCGUGAUGAUGGUGAGUUCAAUCGCAGGCUGGAGGAGAAGGUUGUAAACGGUGGCGCUCUCUCACCGGUUCAGCAUCUUCAUCCUUGGGGUCGUUCUGUGAGCGUACCAGAGGAACCCAGUGGAUCCUCGGCUCAGGAGAAGCUGAGCUCCAACCAAAUGCUGGACAGCGAUUUUCAGCCUCUGAGUUCUGCUGCCAGCAUGGACACAUUAGUGGAUGAGCAGAGAGCGGCAGACAGAAGGAGAGGUGGAGAGCACGAUGUAGAAGGAGAGACAGCAGUGAAGAGGUCGAAUUCGUCAAGGAACCACAGGAGGAACCGUCGACGCAGCGAGCGAUUCGCCACCAACCUUCGCAACGAGAUCCAGAGAAAAAAGGCUCAGCUUCAGAGGAACCGAGGCCCAGGAGAUUUACUCUGCAGUGGAGAGACGGUUCAGGAGGAAGAGGGUCCAGAUCUUCAUGAAGACCUGGCAGAACCAGACAUGUCUGUCCAGGACAGAAGCACCAAUGUGGCAUUGACUUCACCUGAGAUCCUUCAGGAUGACAGGACCACAGAACCCGCUGAGAGUUCAAAGGCCGAUUUCAUCCAGGAUUCCUCACAAACUGAACAACAACCAAGAACCUUCUCUCAGAACAACAACGUGUCCAGGUCUGUUCAGAUUCUGGAUCCAGGUUUACCCAACUUUGGUGUGGGCAUCAGAGUGGUUGAAGAACCUGCUCCUGCAGGUAAAGCUCGCCGUUGGCGCUGGACGCCUGAACAUAAACUGCAACCAGAACCAGAACGGCAGAGUCGAGCCUCUGGUGAUCGAGGGUUAGGAGUCACUGGGUCACGACAUGGAGUUUGUACCUUCACCACCUCCUCCUCCUCCUCAUCUUCCUACAGUCGCUCCUCCUCAUGUUCACGCGUGGACGAGAACGAUAUCCUUCCAUUUGCAGAUAGAAUGAAGUUCUUUGAGGAGACGAGCAAAGGAAGGUCUGGACCAAACGUUCCAGGUUUGUCGAGUCGUCAGCCGAAGAAACCAGAAACCAGAAACCCUCCUGAGAACCAGGAACCUGGGUUUCACCCAAUACAGAGGAGAUACUCCUACCAGGGAGGACCACAGGAAAACUACCUCCUCCCAGACAGUCUGGAGGUCAGAAGACAAUCCGUGUCCACCAGCAGAGAGAGGAGGAGACAAGAGGAGAGGGAACGAGAGAGGGAGGAGAGGCUGAGGGAACAAGAGAGGGAGGAGAGGCUGAGGGAGCGAGAGAGGGAGGAGAGGCUGAGGGAGCGAGAGAGGGAGGAGAGGCUAAGGGAGCGAGAGAGGGAGUUAGAACUGGAGAGGGUGAGGCUCAUGGAGAGGGAGCGAGAGGAGAGGGUGAGGCAGUGGGAAAGAGAGAGGGAGAGCGAGCUCGAGCUGCAGAGAGAGCGAGAACGAGAGGAACAUCUCGAGCGAGGAGAAGAUCCUCGUCAGGAGUUUCAUCGCGAGUUCCCACACAGAGAAAACUUCCAGAACCUCCUCCACCUCCAGCCUCAGAUGUUCUCCCAGAACCAGGACCCGAGGUCAGCGUUUCACCGCGUCAGUGGUGUUUCUGUGGAUAACCAGCAGGUUCUACAACAGAGAACCAGCAGCAGGAGCUCCACGCCCACUGAGACGUUUCCCACCAGGAAACAGGAAACGCCCAAACUCAACAGGAACUACAGUCUGACUGAGAGAGAUUAUCCGAGCCGGAGACGAGAGUCCAGGGCGGCAGAGCGUGUCAGUCAUUACAUGCCCCUCCCACCCCAGAGUCGCUGUGUCUCCACAGACGCGGGAAGCGAUCGCGGCAGGUCGUCGCUCGCCCCCCCGGCGGCGCCGCUCGCUCUGCGAGGACGAGCCAUGUCUGAGAACGACCUCCGCUGGUCGACCUCCGUCUCCGUGGCGACUGGUCAGACGCUGAGUGAGGUGGAGGAAAGAAAAGAGACGACAGACUCCGCCCACCCGAAUAAAAAGAGGACCCCGCCUCCCCCAAGACCGCCGCCCCCAAAGUGGGAGCAGUUCCACCGCAGACGUGCGUCUCACCACGCCCUCUUCUCCUCCUCCUCCGCUGCAGCCCCUCCCACCUUCUCUGCUGGCCCCUCCCCCUCUGAAGAGUCCAGGCAGCGGUCGUACAGUCUUCCUCCUGAGAGACAGGAAGUGUCGGAGGCUUGUCCUCGCUGCAGCUGCGGCCAAUCGCAGGCGCAGGGCCACGCCUUCCCUCCCCCGCCGUCCAAUCAGAGUCCCGCACUGCUCGACGAGCGCUCUUUCGCUGUAGCUCCGCCCAGUCCCAUGUUCUCCAGACGUUCCUUCAGGCCGGUGGCUCCGCCCCAGAGAGAGAAGGAGCAGGAGGAGGCGGAGUCAGGGGCAGAAAACGGAGGCUCAGCUUCAACCCCAGAGUCGUACUUCUCCAUGCACCAUGAGCAGCAUCAGAAUCCAGAACCGGGAGCAGAAUCAGAGACCACCCUGAACCCGAGUCCCGCCCACAGCCUGGACGUCGACCUGGACGUUCCCAUGGAGACGGACAUCGACGACUUCCAGGAGGAGGAGCUUCCUGCGGAGGCGGAGCCCAUCAGCAGCGAGCUGCCGUGCUUCGCUCUGCCGGUCACCGUCCUGGAGACGGACAUCGACACUUUACCAGACUGUGACGCUUCAGUGUCGAGCAGAACCCGAGCAGAGAGCGGCUCAGUGGAGGAGGAGCUGGAGACACUAGAGGGCAGCAGAGAGACGCUGAGUCUGGAGGAGCUUUUCCCUCAGAGCAGUGAAGGAGAGUCAGGAACAGAGAGCUGGAGAGGAACCUACCAGAACAUGGAGAACAACACUGACAGUCUGGAGAGACGCUCGGGUGCGAGCUCCAGCUGUUCGUCUUAUUACAGCACGUCAGCAGCUAAAGCUCAGCUUCUGUCUCAGAUGAAAGACUUCAGUGAGAACAGAGAGAGGAACGAAGACGACGAGCUGACAUACAAGAAACAGCUGAUGGAGAGUUUGCGCAAGAAGCUCGGAGUUCUGAGAGAAGCUCAGCGAGGACUUCAGGACGACAUCAGAGCCAACACUCAGCUGGGGGACGAGGUGGAGAACAUGGUGGUGUCGGUGUGUAAACCUAACGAGGUGGAGAAGUUCCGCAUGUUCAUUGGAGAUCUGGACAAGGUGGUGAGUUUGCUGCUGUCACUGUCAGGGAGGCUGCUGAGGGUGGAGACCACACUGGAGACUCUGGACCACGAGACCGAGGACCACGAGAGGCUCCCCCUGCUGGAGAAGAAGCAUCAGCUCAUGCGGCAGCUGUCAGAGGCUCAGGACCUGAAGGAUCACGUCGACCGUCGGGAACAAGUCGUCAGUCGAGUUCUGGCCCGGUGUUUGUCACCAGAACAACACCGAGACUACAGUCACUUUGUGAAGAUGAAGGCCGCUCUCCUGGUCGAGCAGCGUCAGCUGGAAGAUAAGAUUCGUCUGGGAGAAGAACAGCUGAGGGGCCUGAGGGAGAGUCUGGGACUGGGACUGGGACUGGGAUUAGGAUUGGGAAUGUCGAUGGGAUACGGACAGUAUUGAAGAAAAAUAAGACUGCGGUGUUUGCUCCGGUGACAAUUUUCUUUCCUUCUUUGAAAGUUGAAGGAUUCAAUCAAAAACAGACGUUUACAAUCUGUCAAAGUGUCAACAGAAACAACAUCACGCGACUUUACCAAAGACGUUUUUGUUCAGUGAACGUGUCGAUCACUCGCUGCUUUCUUUCUUUCUUUCUUUCUCUAUAUUUACGUCUCCAGGUUCAGAGAAUCUGAGGUUUUAUUUCGGUGCUUCACACUAAGAACAAGUUUCCGUUAACAACACGUUUAUCAUUAUAAUUGUUGUUAUUAUUGUUAUGAAUAACACUGCACAAACACUUAUUUACUGUAUCUUUGUUGAUGUAACUCUGUUGUCGUUGUUUACAGGAGACACGUAUAUAUGUUUAUAAUGUAAACAGUGUGUAUAUACUGAUUCACGUGUUCUGUGUAUAUCUGUAGAUUUAAUCCUGAGGACAAACUGGUUUUUUUUCAAAUGUUCAAAGUUUCACUGGAUACUGAAGUUAAGGAAGCCAGUUAGCUUAGCUUAGCACAAAGACUGGAAACGGGUGGGGACAGUUAGCAUCUGGCUUUGUUUAAAGCAGCACCUUUAAGUUUCACCCCAUGAUUACUGUCAUUAUCAAUCAAUCUAAUGAUUGUUUUAUUGAUUUGUUGAUUUGUUUUGGUGGCACCAGUGACCCUCGUGUGGAGAUUAAAGGGGUAGAAGAUGAGAUUCAUUUCUUUUGGUCCAUGAAAUGUCAGGAAAAGACAAACUUCAAACAAAGUGAAUUUUAGUAUAAAAAAACACUUGUUAAUGUUUCUGUAUUUGUUCAUUUUGUUGUAAAUAUUCUGUGUUCUUGUAUCAUAAUAACAUUUUUAUAAAGCAAAAGCAAGUUUGAGACCAGUGACUGUAAUGUUUUGUAACUGCAAAAGAGAAAGUACCACAAAUAAUAAUAAUAAUAACAGUAUUUUAAAGGAG